AUGGCGGCGGCGACGGAGGUGGCGCCAGUUCAGCAGCGGAGCCAUGCGGCGGCAGGGUGGAGGGUGGUGGCGGGGUGGCUCGGCCUGCUCUUCCAGAUCCUGCUCCGGAUCAUCCGCAGCACGCCCUCCUCCUGGGCGCAGCUCCUCUCCUUCGUGGGCCUGCGCCACCCGCUCCUCCCAGUCGCCGCGUCGCCUGAGGUGGCCUUCGUGCAGCUCCCAUCCGAGGCCCCUGCUGACGCGUCGCCUCCGCCGCUCCGGCGGCUCACGUUUGGACCUUUGGAGGGCCAUGGAUCAGUUGGAAAUUGGAACUAUGGGGUUAUUCGUAAUAACGUAGUGCUGAUUAAAGGGAUAUAUGCUUCUGUAGCUGGACUCAUGGGGCGCGGGCGAUAUCCAAUCUUAACUAGCGAAUUUGCUGAUCUUGUUCUCUUUACAGCUGGUUUGGAAGGCUAUGCAAAACCUCUAGUUGACAGGAUAGAUGCUCACAACAGAUUCACUCACCGUCUCUAUCGGCCAUCAACUGUUACUACGGAAUACAGAGAGCAUGUAAAAGAUCUUUCUUGUUUGUCCAAAGAUUUCCAGAGAAUUGUCCUUGUUGAUAACAAUCCAUACAGUUUCUUACUGCAACCAUUGAAUGGAAUACCAUGUAUAACAUUUUCAGCUGGACAACCUGUUGACGAUCAGCUUAUGGGAACGAUAUUUCCGCUUCUCGAGCACCUUGCUCUGCAAAAAGAUGUUAGACCUGCAUUGUAUGAAACGUUUCACAUGCCAGAGUGGUUUCAAAGACAAGGAAUCCCACAAAUUGAACAGGCACUUUAG